GUUCAUUAGUCUUAUUUCAACGCUUUAUCCAAAUAUAUUCUAAGAGGUUGUCAAUUCUCAAUGAUCUAUCUAUACAUAAAAAGGGUAUUCGUAAAUGUCAUUUGUUGUAUCAAUAGUAACCUUUGAGAACCAUUUUUUGUAUAGAUCAAAGAGAUGGGUUUCAACGACCCUUCGUUAAGCUCAAUCAUCCUUUGGUUUGUGGAUGCAUUACCGGAAACAGAAGACGACGACCACCACAGAAGAGAAACACCGUGCCAAGGGCUUAGCGCUUCUGUGAUUGCCGCCUUUCCGACCUUUUCUUACAAACCGGACAAUAAUGAUACCGAGAGCAACAAUCAAGAGAUAGAAUGUCCGGUUUGCUUAAGGUUAAUCCCUAAGAAUGUCGUUAUUAAGGUUUUACCAAAUUGUAAGCACAUGUUUGAUGAGGACUGUAUUGGUAGGUGGCUCGAAACUCAAGUAACUUGUCCUGUGUGUCGUAGAAUGGCUGAGCCCAUGACUAGCACUGGGGACAAGGUCUUAGAAAGUAUAGUAUAGUAUAGUUGAUGGUUAAUUAUAUAUGUUAAUUUAUAUAGUUUUCCUUUUUGUUAGUUGUAAUAUAUAUGAAUGAU